GAUUGGACGGCUACCGGCAGUGGGGCGGGGCGGGCCGCGCCUUUUUUUAGGCGGGAAUCGAAACCGCCACUGCUGUGGAAAAGUGUUUGAGAGGUGCAGAUACACACCCUUGACGGAGAUCAUGGUGCGGCCUGUGAGAAAUAAGAAACCAGUCAAUUACUCACAGUUUGAGAAUUCCGACAGCGAUGAUGAUUUUAUUUCUGCAACUAUACCUUUAAGCAAGAAACCCAGAAUAGCACCGAAAGAGUUAAAAGAAGACAAACCAAAACCUAACUUGAAGAAUGUCCAGAAAGAAGACAUGCUACUACAAGAAAAAACCCCUAACAAAAGAAUGGUUUUAGAUGACAAGAUCUUCCAGAGAGGCUUAGAAGCUGCCCUAGCUUUAUCAGUGAAGGACCAUCCAGUGGUCGCCAAUGAUGUGCAGAAGUCUCAAGAUAAAAGCAUUGAAAAACCUGGCAACGGUAAAACAGAGAUAAUGAACAAGUCUCUACAUAUCUCUAAUUGCAGCAUAGCUGCUGAUUAUUUAGAUUUGGACAGGAUUUCCGAGGAAGGUAAUGCCCAGCAUGUCCAAGGGAAAGGAGAAGCAUCAUCUAAAGCUCAGCAGAGGAGGACGGGCUCAGAAGGCAGUGAUGGCCACAGUGCUGAUGAUACAGAGCCAGAUGAUGCAAGCGGUGAAGGUUCUGAAAACAACUCUGAUUUUGAUGAGAGUGAAGAUAAUGAGGAAGACUUCACUAUGCGAAAAAGUAAAGUAAAAGAAAAUAAAAGGAAAGAAGUGAAGGUAAAAUCCCCAGUAGAAAAGAAAGAGAAGAAAUCUAAAUCCAAAUGUAAUGCUUUGGUGACUGCAGGAGACUCUUCUCCAGCUGCAAUCAAAUCAAAAUCCCAGUCCUCACCAAAGGAGGUUUCUUCUUCAGAGGCCACUUGGAGCCCCUUACAGAUCCGCAGUCCUUCAGCUGAAAGCAGGAGGCCAAAGUGGGUCCCACCAGCGGCAUCCGGAAGUAGCAGCGGUGACAGCAGCCUCCUGGGAGGCAUGGCCACCAAGUCCCCCAGUCAGAGUCUCCGCCUUGGCUUAUCCAGAUUGGCCCGGGUUAAACCUCUGCAUCCAAAUGCCACGAGCAGCCACGUGUGGUGACGGAGAAAUGUGUGAGAGGAUCAGCGUUGCAAGUGUGUGUGUAUUUGAUUUGUAUUUAUAGUUGAGGGCAUUGUGAUAUAGGGGACUCAUUUAACAUGUCUGUGAAUGAUCUUUGCCCAUUUUAAGGUUGUGUUCUCUGCAAAGCUUUUCAGGACUCCAGAGAGGCCUCAUUUCAUUCCAUCUGAAGAGUAUACGCUGUCAUUACAUUCAGCGGUGGGGUCCUGACAUGGAGGAUGUGCAGGUCUCCUGUGCUGUGCCGUCCCCCAGCUCCGUCGGCUAUGACCGUGGUCAUUUCUUACAGGAGGUGUCCAGAGGUCCUCGAAGCUACGUUGCCAAUUUUAUUGCAAGGGUGUUUUGUAUUUUGACAAAUCUUACAGUAAGAAUUAGAACUGUUUCACAUAUUUAAAUGGUUACUGUACUGUGGAAUGUAUACCCUAUUUGGAAAGAGACGGCUAUUAUAUAGCAAAUGAGUUUAAUGGUAUUUUACAAAUUCUUCACUGUCAAAAAUCUUAAAGUGAGAAAGUUUUGGAAAGAUCUUUUCUUUGACACCAUUGCAUCCACUUGCCUCUCAUGGACAGUCCGUGAUAGAAGAGUGCUACACAGAAUGUUAGUCUUUCUGUUGUAGGCACAACCAGAGGAAGUAGUCACGUCAUAGCAAGCCAGUACUUCAAAUCUCUCUGCUAUUAGAUAAUAGAGCUUCUUAGGAAACUUUGGUUUGAAUUAUGAAUAAAAAUAGUAAUGAAUAUUUUCUAUUUAUGGUGAGAAUUUCAACCUGCCUCUGGUCACUUUUUAGUAAAGAAAAAAAAUCAGUUGUUGACCUUAAAAGUUGUAUAAUACUCAGUUUUUGCGUUGUGGAAGUGUGUAACAUGAAAUUAGUAAUUUUGAUUAAAAGC